AUAUGGCACGAAUCAAUGUGUUAUUUUAUCAGGUGGCAAUAUGUCCUAGUGCAGUCAGAGGGGAGGAGCCAGGGCCAAAGGUUUGCUAUAAAAGCCCGAGCAGCCUCCCAGUCUCUCUGCUCUGCUGAUCCGGAGACCCCACCGCCCAACAUGAAGCCUCUCCUCCUAGUGGCGCUGCUUGGACUGCUCGGUAAAAGCUUUUCAGCCCCGCACUACGAAGUAGGCAAAGAGUUCGCUGCACCCGGCUCUCAGAAGGUGAAAUGGUGCGUCAAGUCAGACCAAGAAUUGCGUAAAUGUUCAGAUCUCGCCGCUGCGAUUCCUUGCGUCAUCUGUGUGAAAAAAGAAAACACCCUAGAGUGCAUUGUUGCCAUUAAGGCUGGUGAAGCAGAUGCCAUUACUGUGGAUGGUGGGGACAUUUACACUGCUGGCUUGAGCAACUACGAUCUCCAUCCCAUCAUUGCUGAGGACUAUGGCAUGGCUGGGGAAACCUGCUACUACGUUGUUGCUGUGGCAAAGAAGAAUACUGGAUUUGGCUUCAGAGAUCUCAGGGGGAAGAAAUCAUGCCACACUGGUUUGGGGAAAUCUGCAGGCUGGAACAUUCCCAUAGGAUCUCUAGUGUCCAUGGAUGUUAUUGAGUGGGGUGGCAUUGAAGACAAACCUUUGGAGGAAGCGGUGAGCACCUUCUUCCAUGCCAGCUGUGCCCCUGGGGCAGCAAGAGGCAGCAAGCUGUGUGAACUGUGCAAGGGAGACUGCUCCAGGUCCCAGAGGGAGCCUUACUAUGACUACAAUGGAGCCUUUCAGUGUUUGGCCGAGGGAGCUGGAGAUGUGGCUUUUGUGAAGCAUCUCACUGUGCCAGAAUCGGAUAAGCCAAUGUACGAGCUACUGUGCAAGGACAACACCAGAGCACCUAUUGACAACUAUAACACCUGCUUCCUGGCCAGAGUGCCAGGUGACGCUGUUAUUACUCGCAAGGAUCCACAGCUGGCCGACUUUAUCUGGGAGACCCUUGACCGAGUUCAGACUGACCACAGCUUUAACCUCUUCUCAUCUGAAGCCUACGCGCCCGCCAAGAACCUGAUGUUCAAAGAUUCAACAGUGAGGCUCUUGAGGGUGCCCCCAAACACAGACUCCUUCCUGUAUCUGGGUGCUAACUACAUGAGCAUCGUCCAUUCCCUUAAAAAAGAGCAGGCAUUAGACGUUGCAUCCCCUGCCAUUAGAUGGUGUGCUGUGGGCCAUGCUGAGACCGCCAGGUGUGACACGUGGAGCAUCAGCAGUGUGUCUGAGGACACCACCUCCAUUGAAUGCCAGAGCGCCCCUACAGUUGAAGAGUGCCUGAAGAAGAUUAUGCGUAAAGACGCUGACGCAAUAGCCGUGGAUGGAGGUCAGGUGUUUACGGCUGGAAAGUGUGGCCUGGUUCCUGUCAUGGUGGAGCAGUAUGACCAAGACUUGUGCAGCCGCUCUGAUGUCACAAUCUCCGCAUACUAUGCUGUUGCUGUGGUAAAGAAGGGUUCAGGGGUGACCUGGGAGAAUCUGAAGGGCAAGAAGUCUUGCCACACAGGCAUCGGCAGAACUGCUGGCUGGAACAUCCCCAUGGGUCUAAUCUACAACAGAGAACAUGACUGUGACUUCACUAAGUUCUUCAGUAGCGGCUGUGCCCCCGGAGCAGAGCCCACCUCUCCGUUCUGUUCUCUGUGCAUCGGCAGCGGUAAAGCUGUGAGAGACGAGGCCAAAUGCAAAGCCAGCGCUGAUGAGAAGUACUACGGUUCUGCUGGAGCCUUUAGGUGUCUGGUUGAGGGUGGUGGUGAUGUUGCCUUCGUUAAACACACAACUGUGACAGAAAACAGCGAUGGUAACGGUCCAGACUGGGCUCGUAAUCUGAGAUCGUCUGAUUACCAGCUCAUCUGCCCUGGGAAAGGACCAGUGGAGAUCAGUGAUUAUGCCACUUGUCACUUGGCUCUGGCGCCUGCACACGCUGUGGUGACUCGCCCAGACAGCCACAGUAAGGUGGUCCGCAUCCUUCAGGAGCAGCAGGCCAUAUUUGGAAACACUGGGACUGAUCCUUCAUUCAGAAUGUUCCAGUCAGAGAAUGGAAAGAACCUUCUCUUCCAAGACUCCACUAAGUGUCUCCAGGAGGUACCAGAGGGAAGAACCUAUGAGCAGUUUUUGGGAGAAGCUUACAUGGAUGCCAUGAAGGCACUGAGACAUUGCAGCGAUACUGCUUCAGAUCUGGAAAAGUCUUGCACAUUCCAUGCCUGCCAGCAAGGCUAAUGGAGAUGUAGACAACACAGUGAUUCAGCCAUCUUACCCACUUACUUCCUGCACUUACCCAAACAUAGUGUUUCUCCUCUUCUGAUCUUACUAUAGACUUGUUUUAGAAGCACAAUUGACACUAAAUAUCAUCAGUCCCGCCAAUCAACAAUAUGUGAAACAAUCAUGUCCACAUGUAGCUAUUUUUAUGCUACUGAAACAGCAUGUUACACUGCAUUUGUCACUAGAUCAUAUAUGUUUUGUUAACACAUGCCUGACUUUUCUCAAAUAAAGACAUUUUAAUGCUC